CUUAUGGGUGUUGUGGCAAAGGAAGAGAUUGUCAAGCAGAAUCUAAAAUGUAGGGAUUUGCUGGAUGAAGCAAGAAACUACCACCUCCACCUGAGCAGCAGGGCAGUGCCAGACUUUGAGUACUCCAUUCGCACAACACCAAGGAAGCAGACUGCUGGGGUGCUGUUCUGCGUUGGUGGCAGGGGGGGCUCGGGGGACCCCUUCCGCAGCAUCGAGUGCUACUGCGUGCGCAGCGACGGCUGGUUCUUCGGGCCCGAGAUGAACAGCAGGAGGAGGCACGUGGGGGUCAUCUCCGUGGGAGGUAAAGUCUACGCAGUAGGUGGGCAUGAUGGAAAUGAACACUUAGGAAGCAUGGAGGUAUUUGAUCCCCUCACAAACAAGUGGAUGAUGAAGGCAUCAAUGAACACAAAGAGGAGGGGGAUUGCUCUUGCCUCCCUGGGCGGCCCCAUCUACGCCGUGGGGGGCCUGGAUGACAACACCUGCUUCAGCGACGUGGAGAGGUACGACCUGGACUCCGACCAGUGGAGUGCAGUCGCCCCCAUGAACACGCCCAGGGGAGGCGUCGGCUCCAUAGCCCUGCUGAACCACGUCUAUGCUGUGGGUGGCAAUGAUGGUGUAGCAUCUCUGUCCAGCGUGGAGAAAUACGACCCCCAUCUGGACAAGUGGAUAGAAGUGAAAGAGAUGGGCCAGCGAAGAGCUGGCAACGGUGUCAGCGAGCUCCACGGCUGCUUGUAUGUUGUUG